AUGUCGAACAUAUUGGAGAAAUCACUAGACGAUAUAAUUGGAGAAAAGAAACCCGAAAGGAAAUUCACUCCCACGAGCAGAAGAGGCAGAGGUGGCAGAGGUGGUGGUCCAAUCUCAUCAUCACGAUUCCAUCAUCGUCAACAUCGACCACCACCAUAUAGCAGACGACAACAAGACGUUUACAUCCCUCGCGGAUCUUUAGCUGAAGAACCAGGCAGUAACUCAACAUCCUCAUCAAGCAUACCUCGUGACGUUUUGCACAUGGCCAACGGACGCCCUACAUUACGAUUAAAAAACGUUCAUCCUGAAUUAAAUGGUGAUGAUUUAAACAAGUUAUUCUCCACGAUUAAUGACGUUGAUUUUAUUAAAUUUGAUGAACGAAAUGAUACGAUUGCGUAUAUAUGUUUUCAAAGUGAUUGUGAACGCAGCAAUUUGGAAGCAAUUGAAAAGUAUGAUGGCAAGAAGGCCAUGGGUAAGAUUUUGAUUGUUGAGAAUACCGUUAGUUUGGCCGAUAGGAUUAGCAUAGCGCCAAGACCAGUGAGACGAGAUGGGCUUGGCGGUGGUGGGUUGAGAGGAAGAGGUGGAUCAAGAGGCAGGGUGACUAGUCGUGGAAGAGGAGGCGGUGGUAGAGCAGGCGGAAGAGGAGGAUCCACACCCAAAAAGAGUGCUGAAGACUUGGACAAGGAGUUAAAUGAGUAUAUGGGGAAUACAGGCAAUGGUGGUGGUGCCGGUGAGACGAAUGGAAGCACAGGACAGGAUAACGUAGAUGCAGAUCUAGAUAUGACUGGGUAA